UGCGACGCUUCCCCCCUCCUCGCUCUAGGGUUCGCGCGAGGGUUUCGUGGCAUCGGAGCAAGGAAUCACGAUCGAUCUCCUCUAUCGACCCUGCGAUGAAAUUAAAUGAUGGGUAGAGUGUAACAAAGGUGAAUUACUUCCAGAUUAAGAGAGACUGAUACUGACACAAAAGGGCUCUUCGUAUUGCCUCCUGGGGCUGAUAGAGGGUGUCGUGCGCGGCAGGCUAGAGGAAUGUGGAUAAAGAAGACCUAACUUUGUAAUCCUUCCUCCAAUGCAAUCGCUUUGUUUCUUUAGAACUCCUAAAAAACUCAGAAGGUGCUUUUAAGUUCCUCUCUUACGAUGGCACAAUAUGGAGUGGGACCUUCCACCAGAUAAGCACCUGCUUACAUGCUUUUGCGGCAGAAAGUCCCAUCACCAUUUUAUUGCAUUGAAGAGUGGAUCCCAGAAGUGCAUGCAAAUUCAAAAAUUUUAAAAGUGCUAAAGCAUCCGGGUGGUUGCUUUAUGAGAAGCAUUCUGAGACAAGAUUAUUAAGGUUGACCGGCGCCUAUCUGUCCUGAUAUGAACUGACGCAGAUGACGAUAACCAAGCUGGCCUGAAUCACAUCAGUGGCAUUUUUGCAUGUUCUUCUUACCUAUAUAAGACAUGAGAAGUAUAUCAAACUGGAAGCAGAAUAAGGGAGACGGUCAGAUUGAAGCAAACUGCUAGUACGGUCAACUUCUGAUGACUUGCAGAAUGGCAGCUGGUCAACAAAAAAAGCGCCUGACAAGCUCUAAUCUAUACGAACAAUACAAGGGGAAAAAGAAAAAGAAGCUGGACUCAUCAGACUAUGUGUUAAAUUUGAGAUCUCACAUAGAUCUCGAGUGGGAUGACCGUCAGAAGAGAGCUAUAGCAAAGAGGGAACUAGUUGGGUUAAAAUGGACUGACUUGGCUCCUUUUGUCGAUUCCGUUCCAAAAUCACACUCUGGGAUGGCUGAUAUCAUUUAUGUCCCUCAAGAAAUUUUUGGUUUGAAGGACUUAACUGAGGUGCUAUCAUAUGAGGUUUGGGCUACAUAUCUGUCAGAAUCAGAGAGGAAGCUUUUGACUCAGUUUCUCCCCACUGGGACUGGUGCAGAGCAAGUUGUUCAUUCAAUGCUUGAGGGGGAAAAUUAUCACUUUGGAAAUCCCUACGCAAAAUGGUCUGCUGCACUAUGCUCUGGUAAUCUUCAUCCGGAUGUCGCUCUUCAUACAGAGAGGCAACUUAGAGCCAGUAAGAGGGCAUAUUACACAGAGUUAAAUAAUUAUCAUACAGGCAUGCUAGAUGUUUUGAAAAAGUGGAAGGAAAGAUGGUUAAAGUGUAAAGAUCCUGAAGUGCUUUGGAGUGAUACUUCAAGUAAGCAGAAGCAAGGAAGCGUAACAGUUACAACAGAAAAAGCUAAAGUUCCCAAAAUUUCUAGAAAUGUCCCACAAAAAAUCAGCCGUAAUGAUGACAUUGCUAAAUACAUGUCAUAUAUUAAGAUCAGCAGGACACAACUUGAGCUUGUGAAGAAUAUAAAGCAUUCUGGCGAUGGCAUUCAGUCCAAGCUUCUCACUCGUGUUCUUGGUGAUAUCGAAAACUUCCAUAUCCAACCAUAUGACUCAUUUCUGGAUGAAGAAAAGAACAGAUUGCAUAAACAUUGGUUGCAAGUAGCAAAUAAAGAUCUACCGGCUGCUUGUGAGGCCUGGAGGGAAAGGAAAUUGCUGAUGGGGCAACUGAAGAAAUCGUUGGAAGUAGAACUUGCAGGGAAAAAAAUAGCAUUCGUGGAAGAGGAUGAGGAUGAAAAAGAAGUAGAAACUAUGCCUCAGGAACCAGUUCAAGACAGUGAUUACGAAAACAACCGCAGCCCAGAUAUUCAAGAUGAAGAUAUCAAGGACGUUGACUUUGCACACCAAACCACUCAUCCUCAACAUUUGAACCAGAUCCCUUCACCCAACAGCCAUCAAGAAGAACCAAACCAAGUUAAUAUGGACCGAGAAGCAGCUGGAAAAGAAUCUGCACCAAUAUCACCAGUUAAUGGCCCUUCUCUGCUGGAGUCCUUGGAGGAACUAGUUCCAGAUGAGAAUAUUGAAGAAGAAGAAGAAAAAGAAGGAGCAGAAGAAGAACGAGCAGAAGAAGUAGAAGAAGAAGAAGAAGAAGAAGAAGAGGAAGAAGAAGAAGAAGAAGAAGAACCAGAGGAGCCAGUUGUGCCUGCUGAUAACACAUGGCGGUCAGUAAAUGCGCAGGAUUCUUACUACCACCCUUCAGAAAACCAUGGGUUCAUGCACCAUGCUGAUGAGUUAUCUCUUAAGCAAACCCAGCUCUCCGAAGACCGGGCAACUUCUGUGAUUGAUCUAGAGAGAGAAAUUAUAGACCAGGAAGUUGAGCGCCCUGCUGCCUCAGCCUUUAAUAUGGAUAACGCAACGUCUCUCUUCAGCUCAUAUCCUAAUCAAGACCGAAAUGAGCUACUCUCUCCAUACACACAUGAAAAUCUUAAUGGGCUGAAGCAACCUGUUUCUGGUUUACAGUUCAUGUUGGCGAACAGCCGUCUUGCGGAAUCUUCUCAGUUCUCCCGUCCCUUCCAGGAUCAACAGCAAUUAGUGGAACAGAGGCAAGUAAGAGAUAAUAGUGACCUCUACAUGCAACAAAUAAUGAACAAAAAUGUGUACUCAAGCAAUAGAUAUCCAGGCCAAGGGCAUUUUCCCUCAGUCGAACCGAACACUUUUCCCGCCUCUUGUUCCUCUAUUAAUAAUGGUGGUUAUAACUGGUUCCCUGAAGAGAAUCGACCAAAUAACAAUUCUUGGUCCGGUUUUAAUGCAGAUGGUAGUCUCUUCAGUGUUUUAUCUGAGUGUAACAAGGCACCAUCACGCUUGCAAUAUGAGACCUCAAGCUUGGAACGUUUUACUGAACCGAGGAGCUUUGUUGGCGGUGGUGGUGGUGCAUCUAGUGGUGAGAAUAUCUAUGGCUUUGCUCAUCAACAGAUGAACAAUACGAGUGGCCAUGAAGGGGCCGGAGCUCCUCCAGUGAACAAUAUGUCGUGGGUGAGCUUUCCGCAUCAAAAUCCGAGCAUGCCUGAUUCGAUGGGGACGAUGGGGAGGCCAUUUCUGGGGCCUUGGAGCCGAUAGCACUUUCUAGAUACUUACAGUGAAGAAAAAGUUGUGUUAAUGAGUACACCCUUUCUAAUUUUAUGUGAAGGAGUUCGCCUUCAGAAUGCACCAGGAUUGGCUUAAGUGAUCAUCUAACCUAGAAACUUCUGAAUAUGCAAAGGUAUGUGGGGACUUGAACUUCUGUAGAUAUUUAAUUUAGUUCUUCUGUAUAUAUUGAGGGGUUGGGGCCUGCGAUGGCAUUAAGAUUGACAGGAUCAUCUGCUCUGGUAAUUUUGAUGUUCUGUUAGAGGGUUUUCUUUUCUUUUUCUUUUCUUUUUCUUUUCUCUGUUCGAAUGAUUGUAGAAGGGCAUAUUUAUAAAAAUUCAGGGCCACAUGGAUCCCCCUUAAACAAAAUAAAUGUAUGAUUCUUUCUUACUAAUUUUAGUCUCUUGUGCUCUCGUUGUUGCUGCAUUG